CAAAACACAGCUUCUCUGCCCCUAGAUUCACAAUCCUUUCCAGCUCUCACCCUUCCAUUAAUUCAGCCUUGCAAAAGACCACAACUCUCAAACACCCAGUAACAAUGCAACGCUUCGCCUCCCGCACCCUUUUCCGAGCCUUCGCAACGCCCCGCGCUACUCUCCCCGCCGGCGGCGUCGCACCCCUCCACACCUCCCGCCAUCUCCGAUCCACCGCCGGCUACGGAAACACCACGACCUCGGGUCAAUCCACGGGCACCUCCUCUCCAAAAUCCCCCGAGGACGCCUCUGCCCAGUCAGGCGGUUCCCGCUCCAAGGAAGCCGUCGAGACGGGCUCCUCGCCCACCGGGGGGCAGAUCCCCAACGCCUCCGAAGGCCAGGAGAAUUCCAACACCUCAACCUCAACCUCAUCCUCAACCUCCGACUCGGACAAGUUCGCCAUGCCGGACGGUCUAGCGAACGGCGACGCCCGCGGCCGCACCGGUGGCGGCGAGCCCCUCUCGAGCUCCCAUCCAAGCGCGCCGGCCCAGCCCAAGAUCAGCAACGCUAGCGUGCCCGGGAACAAGCCCAAGCUGACCGAGGAACAGCAGGCCGAAGUGGACGCGCAUAAUAGGGACUUUGAGAAAAAGCAUGGGAAGGCGGAGAGGGCCGCGGAUGAUAAGGUGAACCCCAAGUUUUGGGGCGGUGGCGGGAGGCGGUUGGAGGAGGACUAAGUGCGUGGUGAACGAUGUUGGGGAAACGGAGUGUUGAGGGCAAUGGAACUGAACAACGGAGCAAGGCCAUGACAUGAAACGGAGUCUUCGGCGUCCGUAGUUGGGUAUACACCGUGGAGAGGGUUUGAUGAUACAUGGCUGUGUGUUUGGACAUUGGAUCUUUGGCCGGAUCAUCCGCACUCUGGUCCAAGAAUAUCUCGUCUUUCCUUGCGGUGCUACCGUAUCUACCUACUGGCAGGGGCAAUUGAUUCAUUGAAGUUCACAUGGACUAUUUCAAAGCGGUUCAACGGAUGUUAUGUGUUAUGCCGAAGGUCAAAGGCGGAUUGGAAGGCCAACUUCCUCGGUUCUUUCAACCGAUACUACAUUUUCUAGGCAAAAUUUGAAUUUUCCAUUUGCUAUCUCACCUGCAUACCGUAUUGACUCCGGGCAUUGAUUUUCAACUUCUA